UCUACGUUACUUUACUACACAACAAGAAAUAGACACCCAUAAAUUUGGUAUCUCAUUUUACCCUCAAUCUUUUGAUUAUUUCAUUUGUUUUUCAAUGAUCAACUAUAUAAAUGAUGAUAUUGCUUUUUCCAUUCUAUCAAAACUGUCUUUCAAAUCUUUCAAGCGGUUUGAAUGCGUGCGUAAGUCAUGGUCUCUCUUAUCUGAUAAUCCUACUUUCGUGAAUCUGUAUCGCCGCAAUUUCUUGUCCAAAUGUUCUUACGACGAUGACACAUCUCUAAUCCUACAUCUCCAUUAUCCCGAGAAAUUUUAUUCUCUUUCCGGUGAGGGUUUUGCGAAUAUGGUCAAGCUAGAUUGGCCGGAUCUAAAUGAUGAGUUGAAAUUUCUUAGUUUUAGCUGUGUUAAUGGCAUACUUUGUUUUGAAGUACCUCGUAAAAACAAGUUUAUAUUGUGGAACCCGGCUAUCAAUGAAUUGAAGGUCAUUCCUCCGAGCCCUUUUGAGUUAUUUUUAUCACCUGCUAUCCGUAAUUUUGAUGCUGCGGUUACUUUUAUUAUUGAUCCUGAUCUUCAUGGAUUUGGUUAUGACUGUGUUGGAAACGACUAUAAGUUGAUUCGUAAAACAUAUAUUAUUCCUGAUUUUCAUACUGAAAGGCCAUCUGAAAGAGAUCUAUUAUUAGUGCAAGAUAAAUCAUUAGACCCUUUUUGGGAGAUUUAUAGCUUAAAAAAUAAUUCUUGGAAGAAACUCGACAUUGAUAUGCCUACUUUUCUUGGUUUUUGGGAGACUCUUCGUGUAUACAUGGACGGAAUAUGUCAUUGGUUGAAUUUAAAUGAAAAAUAUAAUUUUGACAGGGCAUUUUUAAUAUCGUUUGACUUGAGCAGUGAGGUGUUCAUUAGCACGCCUAUUCCCUCGUACGUCGAAGAGGCAUGGACAGAACUGUCGGUGUUAAACGAAUCCAUUGCCUUAUUCACUCAUCAUAAGAAUAUUGGUACUUUUGACAUUUCAGUUUUAGGUGAAUUGGGUGUUGAAGAAUCAUGGUUCAAACUCUUUACUGUUGGGCCGCUCCCUUGCUUUGAGAGGCUCCUUUCCUUUGAGAUUUUCGGGGUGGGAAAGAACGGCGAAAUAUUCUUCAAAAACAAUGACUCUGAAUUAGGUUGGUUUGAUUUAAAUACCAACAGGAUUAACCGGCUUUGUUUUAAAGCAGAAGAAUUUGAUCAUAGAUGUCAAAUAGUAGUUUACAACAAAAGUAUGCUUUCAUUAGUAGCAAUAAGCAAUUAAUUGUGUUUUGUAUAAUAGCUAAUAGAAUUUAUCUUACUUACAAAUUGGUUUGUUGGUCGUUGCAGAU